UCAGGAUGGCAGCUGCCGUGAGCCCAAUGAAGGUAUUGGUUCAAGAUGGAAAUGCACUUGUCUGGAAUGUGGCUGAUGUGCAAAAGCUGCGCAGUCACGGAAUAGUUGGUAUCAUGGAUGGUGUACUACCGGAUAAUCCACAGCAAGUCCAGACACAAGGCCUGCCCAUGAUGCUCAUGAAAGAAGCAGCCACGAUACUCCAAGAAAUGGGUGUCAUUGAGUUGGUGCAUAACCCUGAUUUGAGCAAUACUUCUACAGAAAACCUGGAGGAGAAGUUUAGAGGGAUGAUGCUUGACUCUGAUCAGGCCUUGCAAGUAGAGAAAUAUUAUGAGGACAGGAAAAGACAUAUCACUAAAAAUGCAGACAAAAUAUUGCAAAGUGCCAAAAAGAAAAAUGACAAGCUUGAUCCAGGGGAUCCUAAAAAGGUCCCUGAUUCUGAAUUAACCAAGGAGAAAGUUAUCAAUGAUAAAAUUAAUCAAAUUCCACCUCCUAAACUAGGAUCCAUGCUUGUUCGGAUCCACAAUGAGUGUCCUUUUAUUAAAGAAUUGAAAAGUGAGAAAGCCCCCUGGGACUUUCCUUCAAGACGAAGAGAUAAAUUGGUCUAUCAUGCCUUCAAAGAUUUAUGGGAGAGAGGCUACUGGCUGCUAUCAGGCCUUGACUGCGGUGUAGAUUUUCUCCUCUAUACUGACGAUCCAAUUUUAGUUCAUGCCAUGUAUGGAGUAGUGGUUGUUCCUGCCACAGCUGAUGACAGUGAAGACGGUCAAGCUGGUCUACAUAUGAGAGAUAUGACUGCGGUUGUUCGUCUUAAUAACUUCAGCAAACGUAAAACGCUCAUAGCAUUCGUCAAACUCGACGGCACUAUCAGUUACACAGCACUUUCUUGGGAAGGCUUUUCUUUUGCAGGCUCUACAUUGGAGUAGGCACAGGAUUAAGUAUUAUUUCAUAAGUUAAAUGAGUCAUGCAUUGGAAUUAAUGUUUGUACUCUGCUGAUUGCUGUGCAAUCUAAUCUUUCCUACCAUUGUUGUGACAGUCUUUAUAAGUUAACUUAUAGGUCAGAAGGCCUUCAUGAGGAAUUUAAAAUUAAGUGUGUUACAUAAAAUGCAAGUAAUCAUCUUUAUCUUUAUGUGACCUCUGUCCGCUCCUGUGUUCAUAUAUUUUCAAACUUUUUUCAACCAUGCUCAAGUUGUAUAAACACUUGUGGUUGAAUUUGGAACAGCAUUUGUUUUCAGAGCAAUCCAGUCACUUGAACGUAUACACCGAAUUAUUCCCUGAUGGCAUUUGUGCUUUAUAUUGUGACAUCAUUAUAGUGUACGUACUUGUCUUGGUGGCAGUCAAACCUCUAGACCAGUCAAAUCUGAUGUCUCAGUCAAAUACAUUAUUGAGUAUGCUUAUUAGAAGUAUGAGUAUGCUUAGUUCUCGUUCCGGUGCAAACAUCGCACCGAAACGAUAAAUCUUCUGUUUAAUGAAACGAGAAAAUUUUCCUGGACAGUUAUUAAUGAAAUCUUCCAGAAAAAAUAUCAUUACGGUACUUUUUAACCUUCUUGACAUCACAAUAAACUUGACGAGCAAC